GCUCAUCUGAAGUGCUUCGUAUUUAUGUACAAGAUGGAGCGCACUUGCAGUAGUUCAGUCAGGCCUGCGUAUUCGAAGCUGCCAAGAUUAAAGGGAUGGCAGCCGUUUCAGCCUAUCGUGCGACCGCUGCCUAGGACCAUCGCGACUUCUUCUCCCGUGGUUACUGUCACAGAACCAUCAACAGGUCCCUGCAACCAUCAGACGGAUGUUGGAAGUCCGCCAGUCAGCUCUUCAGCGGCCCCCGCUACCGUGCCCGCCCCAGCUGCUGAGCCAGCUGGCCAGCCCUUCCCCUGGUUUUCGCACUGGUACCCUGUUGCCGUGCUGUCUGACCUGGACCCCCGGCGACCGCACGCGACCCACCUGCUGGGCAUCCCGCUGGCGCUGUGGCGGGACGCGCAGGGGCAGUGGCGCGCGGUGGAGGACCGCUGCCCGCACCGCCUGGCCCCGCUGUCGGAGGGGCGCGUGGAGGCGGACGGCUCGCUACAGUGCGCCUACCACGGCUGGCAGUUCGACGGGCGCGGAGCCUGCACGCACAUCCCGCAGCUGCGAGGGGACGAGCGGGCGCAGGGAGUGGCGUGCGCCAGCCGCCGAGCCUGCGUGCGCGCCUUCCCCUGCCAGCAGCUGCAUGGGCUGCUGUGGGUGCUGCCGGACGCGUCGGAGCAGGGGUGGAGCAAGGCUGCUCAAGAGCCGGUCCCCAGCACUGCGAUCAAAGAGCUCAUGGGAGGGCCGGAGGCGGAGGGCUGGCGGCAGACCACCCAGUGGUAUGCUCGGGACGUGCCCAACCGGUUCGACACGUUAGUCGAGAACCUCAUCGACCCCUCCCACGUUCCCUUUGCCCACCACGGCGUCCAGGGCCGUCGGGAGUCCGAGAAGGGAACCGUCACAAAGCUGUUUGAGGAGCUAACCGCCGGGGGCUUUAGCUUCGAUUAUGACCCCAAGAACCCUAGGUUCCCGCCAUCUCGCCCGAUGUUCCGUGCGCCUACAUACAUCCGGUACGGAAGCAAGUUCCGCACGUUAAACGCGUACGGCGUACCGACCCGCCCCGGCUGGUCCCGCGUGUACGCGACCUUUACAAAGGACACCCGGUCGAACCUCCCGCUGCCCUGGUUCAUCAACGCCAUCUACAGCUUCAUUGAGUCCACCCCCUGGUUGGAGCACCUGUUCCAGCGGCACCUUGUGCUGGAGGGCGACGCCUACAUGCUGCAUGUGCAGGAGCGGCUGCUGCUUCAGGAGAAGGGCAACUGGAAGGACAGCUUCUACAUGCCGGCGCCCGCGGAUUCCUCGGUGAUUGCCAUGCGCAGGUGGCUGGACGAGUUCGGCGGCCGCGUGCCCACGUGCGAGCCGGACACCCCCAUGCCACCGCAGAUGAGCAAGCGGCAGGUGCUGGACCGCUACUCGCAACACACGCAGCACUGCAGCCACUGCAAGAAGGCCCUGCGCAACAUCGAGCU